CGACCCGACCAGACUCGGCACCCGCUUUCUCAUUUUUUUUUUCUUUUUGCCGACUUCCCCCCUCAGCCGCCACACGCCCCCUCGCCGCCGGCGACCUCGAGUUCUAGGGUUAGGGUUUUUGCCCCGGCUCGCCAAUCCACUAUCGCCCAAGGCUUCGGCCCCAAUUCGACGCCCGCGGGUUCAAUUCCGAGCGCUCCCAAGUCGAAUUGUCCGCCUCCACCGGUGGAAUUCCCAUGCCUCUGAGAUAAGGAUUUUGGGGGAGACGCGGGGUGAGCCGGGCGGCCAUGGCGGGGAGCUCGAGGCCCGACCUCGGCGGUGGCGGGAGCUUCCGCGAGGGCCCGCAGCUCUCCGGGGCGGGAACCCCGAGGGCGCUGGCGGAGCCGCCCCCGCUGGCGCAGUACCUCCCCCUGGAGUCGUUCCCCGUCGGCGACCACAAGCAGUCGCGCGCCACGGAGCUUCGGCGGGUGCUCGGCGUCACCGUGGAGGCGGAGCAGUCGUUCGGGCUGGUGCAGACCAAGCCACUCCCUUCCAUAGCGUCCGAGGAACUCAAGCGGAUCCGUGGGGGCGUCGUGGAGUCGUCGGCCAAAGCCAAGGAGAAAACCAAGUCGCUGCAGGAUUCUAUUCAGAAGCUGGAUAAGUACAGGAACGUUGUCACGCGGAGGCGGCAGAGGAGCGAAGGAGGUGCGACUGAGAGGUCAUCAGGGAGUGGGUCGGGUUCCCUGAGGAUGGGGGCUCAGAACAGUAUGGAUAAUCCUGGCCAGCGGCUGGAGGAGAGGGCUAAGAGUGCGACCACAAGCAAGCGUGUCCGCUCAUCGCUAGCAGCAGAUGCACGGUUAGAAGGGCGUGGUAAUGUUCCUACAAGGCAAGGUCCUCUGGCGGACAGUGAGAAAAGUUCCUCUUUGGAGAAGGAAAAAAACUCUUUGAGGAAUGUCAAUGCUGCAUCAGGGUUUUCUGAAGACAAAUUACGGGGCCUAGCUCCUGGAGGUGAAGGUUGGGAGAAAAAGUUGAAACGUAAGCGCUCUGUUGGAACUAUGCUGAACAGAGGCAAUGACGUAGACCGAGAUGUUAAACCGUUGGUUCAACAUAGACCAAACAAUGAAGCUCGCAUGCGAUCUAGUGAUGGUCUUCCAAUUAGGCAUGGAGCUUCUGCUGGAGCAUUAGGAGGAAGCAAGAUGGAUGGAGGUUCUCAACAGAGUAAUGCAGGUUCCCGUUAUCUACUGAAGGCAGACAUGGACUCCACUUCUCUUCCAAAUGAAAGAAGAGAGCGCCAUUUAGGGAUAGACAAAGAACGGGUUUUGGUGAAAGGAAACAAGGCAAAUACCUCUGAGGAUAUGCAACCUGGAACUUUAAAUCCUCUGACUAAGGGCAAGGCAUGCAGAGCACCAAGAACUAGUUCCCUUGUUGUUAUGAAUUCAUCAUCCACUCUUCAGCGCUCAUCUGGAGGAAUCGAUGAAUGGGAAGAAACACCAUCCACCAAUAAAUCCUCUCCUUUGGGAGGCACUGCAAAUCGCAAGCGUCCCAUGACUGCAAGUGGGUCUUCACCUCCUGUUGCUUGGGUGGGUCAACGUCCACAGAAAAUGUCACGGACAAGAAGAGCAAAUGUUGUUUCCCCAGUCUCAAAUUUUGAUGAAGGCCUAUCUGAAGGAUCACCACUUGAUGCUGCUGUUAGACCAGCGGUAGAGUCACCUGGCCUUUUGCUUCCAAGGGGUGUAGCUAGUAAUAAUUCACAAGUUACACCAAGAAUGGAUAAUAUUUCAUCUCCAGCUGGUCUGUCAGAAAGCGAAGACUCUGCUGCUACGGAAAAUAAGAACAAGGAUAAAAUCAGUAAUAGUGGUGAUUUUGAGAACGAGGGCGCAAAUUCAGCCCAUAAUUCAGCAGACUUAAUUAUCUCAUCGAAGAAAAGCAGGAUACUGUUAAAAGAAGAGCUUGAAGAUGGAAGUAUUCGACGGCAAGGGAGGAGCGGAAGAAACACUAUGCAUGUUAAAGGGUGUGCAUCCAUGCCAAGAGAGAAGUUGGACAGCCCAGAAACAAGAAAGCUGCUGAAGAGCGGAAGACCUGUAUCUGAAAAGAAUGAAAGUAAGUUGGGCCGCCCUCCAACGAAGAAGGGUUCAGACCGCAAAGCAUCAUCUCGACACUCGGAGAUCCUAAAUUGUGGGUUAACAGAUAUAUCAGGUGAAUCAGAAGAUGACCGGGAAGAGCUUCUAGCUGCUGCAAAUGCUGCGCGCAGUGCCAUUGUUAAUGCAUAUGCUGGUCCAUUUUGGAAGAAAAUAGAACCGAUGCUUACUUUCAUCAGCUCUGAAGAUUUAUCUUUCUUAAAGCACCAGAUUACAUUUUUGGAAGAGCUUGAGAUGGGCAUGUCUAAGUCAUCCGAUGAACAUAAUUUGAACACAUCAACUAACUACAGUGGGCCAUUAUCAAUGGGUCAAAAUUCAUCUCUGCCUCAGUCAAAUUCAUGUGUGUCAUUGGAGCAAAGCGAAGCAAAUGGACCCAGGACAAGAGAAUCUAUUGAUAUUUUGUCUCCCAAUGAUGAAAACACUGCAUCUCAAAAGACACAUGCAGAAGAAUUGUUUGGUGGAAUGGCUUCCUUGACACACAAACUCUUCUCUGCUUUUAUUGUAGAAGAUGGUGAUAAUUCUUCUGAAUGCAAUGGAGGAGAUAUACUUCUUGAGUUCUCAAAUGACUUCCUUCCUUAUGCUGCCAACAUGAACUUAGAAAAUGAUUUUGAAGCUAGUGCAGUAAAAUCCAACUUUGGAUCAAGUCCUGAUUUCAAGCACUCAAACCAUAGCUCAGUGCAUAACAGCAUGUCCAAUGGUUUUACAGCUUCCAGCAAUUUGAGGGCCUCAUAUAGUCCAAAUUCAAUUUGCAGUGAGAAUGCAUCGGAUGCGAUAAAAUUUGCAGUAUAUCCAGAAAAUGGUGGUUUUCAUGAAUUUGUGCCACAUAUCUCACAACAGUAUCAAAACUGUGCAAAAAGUACGCCUUUACCACCAUAUGAAUAUCAGUAUGACCAGUUGCCUGUGCAUGACAGAGCUUUAAUCGAGCUGCACAGUAUUGACCUUUGUCCAGAGAUGCCAAAGCUGGAUGAUGGAGAGGAUGAGGACAUUGAUAAAGUUAUUACGGAGCUGCAGAAAAGACUGUUUGAGCAGGUGAAUCAAAAGAAGUGCCAAUUACAUAAGUUGGACAAAGCAAUCCGUGAUACUAAAAAUAUGGAGGAGAGGAGUCUGGAGCAACAUGCAAUGAACAAGCUAGUGGAGAUGGCAUACAAAAAACUGAUGGGUGGCCGUGGUAGUUCUAGUCAUAAGGGUGGUCUCAAUAAAGCUGCUAAUAAGGCUGCAAAACAAGUUGCAUUGGCUUUUGCCAAGAGAACACUUGCCCGGUGCCAGAAAUUUGAGGAAACAGAGAAAAGCUGCUUCAGAGAGCCUUUCCUUUGGAAUGUGCUGUCUGCACCUUUGCCAAAGAAUGAUGCAAUAGAUGGUGGUCUCCCAGGAUCUGCAGAUAGGCCAAAGCUUUUAAAGCUUGACAGAAGUCCAUUGAGCCAAGGUACUACAAAAUGGAAAAAGAGUGACCGAGAAAGGGAUCAAAACAGAGACGCGUCUUUGAAGAAUUCUAAUUCGAAAUCAGGACGCAAUUCGUCCGGCAAUGCAAGGAGUGAGCGUAAAACUAAGAUAAAACCGAAGCAAAAGCUAGCACAGUUGUCGACAUCUGGAAAUGUUCUUGGAAGAGUUACGGAGCCAUCAAAUUUCGCAGCACCCGGCCAGAGAGAAUCCCAUGAUUGGACGAGUACGUCGAGCACAAGACCUACUCAACCAGUCAGAAACAGCGCAGCUACUGUUGCCCAGGAUACCUUAGAUGCUCCAUUGGCAAAUUUGCCUGCAAUAGAUCCAAUGGACAUCUUGGACGUGCCUGAAGGUAACGACAUCAGUUCGUGGUUUACUGAUGGUCUUGAUGAUUCCUUACAAGAUUUUGACUUCUCCGGAGGCCUAGAAAUCCCAGAUGACGAUCUUACCCAACUGGGAUUCAUGUAAACUGAACCGGUAAAUAUGUACAUGUUCAUAUUAAUUUUAAGUGUUGAUCCUAUGUUAGCACUGGCAUUGCUUGGUUACCGUGGUAACGGUGACUGAUUAGUCUCUUGUGCCCCUAAGGGCAGAGCUUGCAAGUUGCAACUAGGAAUUGAUUCAUUUAUAUAUAGCGUAAAACUUGUA